AUAUUUUUGCCAGAAUUUCUUCUUAAAGUUUAAUGUAAAGUUUGGUUGAAAAUGUUCAAGAAAAAUCGAAAUCGUUUCGUUUCUACGUCAUCAGUGGUGACGAAUAAAGGCUUGCUGAAUAAACCUGGAGAUAAUAAUUGUUUUCUUAACAGCGCUAUACAGGUUUUAUGGCAUUUGGAUUCUUUUCGUAAAAACUUCCGUCAGUUAACCGGCCACGCAUGCAUGGGCGCGUCGUGCAUAUUCUGUGCGUUGAAGCAUAUCUUCCAGCAAUUUCAAUACAGCAAAGAUGAGGCGUUACCACCAACAUUGUUGCGUAGCGCACUCGCUGAAGCAUUUCAUGAACAAAGUCGGUUCCAGCUGGGGUUGAUGGACGACGCAGCUGAAUGUUUUGAAAACAUUCUUAUGCGCAUCCAUGUGCACAUCGGGAACACGAUGCGCGAGGAUGUGUGCACCGCGCCACAUUGUAUACCUCACCAGAAGUUUGGAAUGUCAUUAGUUGAACAAUGUGUAUGUUCGUGCGGCGCUACGUCGGAACCCCUCCCCUUCAUCGAGAUGGUGCAUUAUGUGUCGGCAAGCGCGUUAAGGAUCGAGGAUGAAGUGAUGAGAGCACGAUACGGAACUUCCGAUCAAAAGUUUGGGAGGAUUAUUCGAGUUGCGGGAAGUUCGGGAAAUCUAAGGAGUUGCCCGAGCAACUGCGGUUCUCGAGUUGAAAUGCGGAAAGUUUUAAUGAAUUGUCCUGAUGUUGUUUCGAUCGGGGUAGGAUGGGACAGCGAGGAACCACAAGUUGGCGACAUUGUGUCACUCGUACACGCCCUUGGCACCACCAUCAAAUUAACCGAUUUGUUCCACACUGUAGUAGACGAACGAGCACUACGUACUGAGUUAUACCUUGUUGGCAUGGUAUGUUAUUAUGGCAAACAUUAUUCAACCUUCUUCUUUCACACGAAGCUGAGGAAAUGGGUUUAUUUUGACGACGCGCAAGUUUCAGAGGUCGGGAAACGGUGGAGCAACGUGAUAUCAAAAUGCAUUAAAGGACAUCACCAACCAUUGUUGUUGUUGUAUUCCAAUCCUCAUGCAAGCCCCAUAUCUAUAAGUUCUGCUCCUACUGUUACUACUAUGAUUGAUGGUUCAGAGAAAGCAAAACAAGAACCAACCAAACCAGCAGCUAAAGUGACGACAGAAAAACCCCACCCCAUUAAAAACAACCCUCAAAAACCCCCACAAAAACACAGCCCCAUAAAACAAGACCCCCCAAACCCAACUCCAGUCGCAAACAAAGUAGCGAAGAAACCAAUAUUCCAGUGGAAAAUGACACCUGAUGUCGGUCAUUACAUCGAACCCAACCACGCUCAGUGGACGAAACAUAAACCUUACCCUGCUCAACAUAAGAAGAAGACGAAGCCGACAAUAUACCUUGAUGACAUCACAAUAGAAGAUGGUUCGAUACGAGGAGAGGAACGAUCGAAUACGAACGAACGACAACCUGUCGAUAAUUCAAGUAUGAAGGAUGAUGAUGUCAUCAUAACUGAUGAUGUCAUUAGGAGGGAUGAUGUUACAAGCGAUGAUGAUGAUGAUGUCAUCAACAAUGAUGAUGAUGUCAUGAAUGAAGAUGUCAUAAGUGAUGAUGUUAUAAGUGAUGAUGUCAUAAGUGAUGAUGUCAUAAGUGAAGAAAUCAAACAUUACAAUCUAACUGAUGACAUCACAAACAAAUUAAACGAUAAAUGUCGUUCUUUAUUACGAGAUGCAGACGAACUUAUGGAACAAAGCAACGCUGCCGAUAAACUAAUGGAUUAUCCGUCUGCGUUACAAAUGUGUUUGGAAGCAACCAAGGUGUUGGAGUCGGUCAUGUUGUUGGAGGGAGUCACCCCUCAAUAUCUGAUGUCUGCUCGCGUUAAACAUGGACACGCCGUGAAUAAAGGUCACAUAUUACAGCGACGAAAACAACUGCGAUCCUCGGUCACUGGGGGUCGCCAGAGCAUGACAGAGGCGGACCGUGACAUGACAUCUAGUGGCGAAGAUUUAAUCAAUUUGGACGAGCACGGAAUUACGAGGUUUCAACAUCAUGUGAGUAUCAUGAUUAUAUGAUCACAUCAUGUGAGU